AUGGGCGAACACGAACCCAUCGUAUCGCACGGCCGCGGAGGCCAAGGCAACAUCGGCGCCGACUCCACCCAAUACGUCGACGGCGGUAUAGUCCGUGAGGGCGCCUACGGAGACCAAGGCGAUGGCGCAUACUCCGCCGGCCGCGGCGGCGCAGGCAACAUCGGGUCUCCCCACGUACGUCCCACGGCAGGGACUCCUCACGAUGCGGAAAUCAUUCCCGAGCUGGCGAUCCGCAAUUCGACCGACGGGGAUUAUCACAUCGGUCGCGGCGGACAAGGAAAUGUCCAUCUCGACGAGGCGCAUAAGAAGAGGGAUGAGGAGAAGAAACAGCAGAAGGCGCUCGCGCAUGAUGGAUGGGCGGAUAGAUUGAAGUAUAAGCUUAUGGGGAAGAGAUGA